CCGGCCCGUCCCAGCACUUGACGUGUCCAAUGACACGGGGUUGCCCCUGGUCUGAUGAAGAAGUACUGAGCUACUGUCAUGAUGCACACACAUGGAUGGCCUCCAUUCAAUCAAGUAGAUUGAAGGCCAACUGCUCUGGACAUGCAAUGAUUAAUUACAAGAUCUACCAGUAGUGUUGGCAUUGUCAACGUGCCAAAUUGACUGACGUCUUCCCUCCAAAUCCAUCGCCUGGGCCCAGCCAGUCUAGAGCUUAAAAUCAAGGUGGGGGAGCUCGGCGACCUCGACCUGUGUCAGCUCUCCGAAGAACGGGACACUCGAUCAGCCCACCACAGAAUUGGCCCCAUGCGGUGUGGCUCCUGCACUCAACAUCCCCUGAACCGCCUCGUGGCAGCACCGAAUUUUGGCGGGAACGCAAUUUUGCCUUUGCUGUAAAAUCCACGUCGCCUUUCAGAGCGCGAUCCGAAGCAUCCACCCGAAAGCGAUCGAGACACUGCUAUAAAGUGUCCGGGGGUGCCGUCGGGACAGAGCAAGCUCAGACGUCGACAGAAAGACGUAAGCAAAAAUGUCGGAACCGCUGACGUCCAAGACCUACAUCGAUGGGAUUUACAUCCCCGUGGGGCUCCUCGUCGUGGGCACCAUGAUCAUGAAGCGGGACUGGGCGCUCUACAGCGUCGUCAUUGCCCUUGUGCUCGGGACCUGGAAGUUCAUCAGGCUGCAGCCCAAGAAGGCGCUCAACCCCGAGGUCUUCCAGGAGUUUGAGCUCAAGGAGAAGACGGUUAUUUCGCACAAUGUCGCCAUCUACCGCUUCCAGCUGCCCCGCGCCAACUCGCUCCUCGGCCUCCCCAUCGGCCAGCACAUCUCCAUCGGCGCGGCCAUCGCGCAGCCCGACGGCAGCUCCAAGGAGAUUGUGCGGUCCUACACGCCCGUCAGCGGCGACGAGCAGCCCGGCUACUUCGACCUGCUCAUCAAGUCGUACCCCACGGGCAACAUCAGCCGCCACAUGGCCAGCCUGGCCGUCGGCCAGACCAUCCGCGUGCGCGGGCCCAAGGGCGCCUUCGUCUACACCCCCAACAUGGUGCGCCACUUUGGCAUGAUCGCCGGCGGCACGGGAAUCACGCCCAUGCUGCAGGUCAUCCGCGCCAUCGUGCGCGGCCGCGCCCAGGGCGACCGGACCCAGGUCGACCUCAUCUUUGCAAACGUCACGCAGCAGGACAUCCUACUCAGGGAGGACCUCGACGCCCUCGCCGCCGAGGACAAGGGCUUCAGGGUCCACUACGCCCUCGACAAGCCCCCCGAGGGCUGGACCGGCGAGGUCGGCUACGUCACGACCGACAUGAUCACGAAAUACCUUCCCAAGCCCGCCGACGAUGUCAAGAUCCUGCUCUGCGGCCCACCUCCCAUGAUUGGCGGGCUGAAGAAGGCCACGGAGAGCCUCGGCUUCAAGAAGGCCCGCCCCGUCAGCAAGCUGGAGGACCAGGUCUUUGCCUUCUAAUCAGCUCCUGCCUUGUAGUUAGGUGGUAGGCUGGCAGAGAGACCUGGGGGGUGAUAUAUACCAUCAAAAUGUAUGAAACAAGGCCGAAAAAAAACAUGAAAAAAAAAAGGAACAAAAGGCUAGGCCAUAGAGCCGGGAUAGAGCACUUUCCAGGCUGCAUCAUGUAGUUUCCAGCUCUUGUAUCAAGAUAUGGCGUAUAGACUUUGCGUGAAUAGGGGCGAGGCUGAGGGAACAUGGGGUAUUGGAUAUAUAGCAACUCAAGCCGAUGCUUUUCAUUAUGAACUAUAUGGACCUUCAGCAGGCGGCUUCGGUCAACCACA